CCCGCCUGUUUCGUUUACAACUAUUGUUACCUUCUUUUAUCCUCCUUCUUUUACACAGCAAUUUAUCUUUUUGCUAGCGCUGGCGCUCACUCGUUCACGCCGUCGCCUCACACUCCUUAAAUCAUGUCUUCUAUUCUAUCUACCUGUAUAAACCUUCUUCUUCUUCUUUCUUCCGCGUAUGCAUUCAAUCAUCCAGGUCUUCUAGUGAGCGAAGCCGACAUUACUCGCAUCCAAAACAAGCUUUCCGCUCACGCAGAUCCUUGGCAAGCUUCUUGGGAUAAACUAGUGAGCUUAGACAACUCGCAAUCGACGUACGUCAAUCAUGCGGUGGCUGGGGUCUACCGGAACACGGCGAAUGGCGUAAAAGCCAAUGCCGAACUACUUUGGCACGAUGCCGCUGCGGCAUUUAACCUUGCGCUUCGAUGGAAAAUCGAACGCAACGCAACAUACGCAGAGGCGGCAUCAAACAUCCUCGGAGCUUGGGGCCGAAAACUCAAAGAAUUUGACGUUGGCGACGACGAGUACCUCACGGCGGGACUUCAAGGAUAUCAGCUAGUGAACGCGGCGGAGCUAUUACGAGAUCAUGCUCCUUUCGAAUCCAGCGGCAAUGCUACAGCUUUCUCCACGAUGUUUGAAAAGACGUUCCUUUACAAGAAUCUCUUUUUCCUCAACCACAAAGCCCCAUCGGAGCACAAUGUUCGACACUUUUUCGCCAACUGGGAGCUGUGCAACAUGGCAUCUGCGAUGGCUUUCGGAAUCUAUACUGACAACGCUACGCUCUUCGAUUUCGCAGUGGAGUAUUUCAAAACUGGUGAGGGUAAUGGCGCGGUGAACAACGGCAUUUCGAACCUUGUUUCGGAACCAGGAACUGGUACCAUCAUGGGACAGCCCCAAGAAGCGGGACGAGAUCAAGGUCAUACCGGUCUAGACUUUCAGCUGUUCGGCGUCGUUGCUCAACAGGCGUGGAAUCAGGGCAAGGACCUCUAUGGCUACAAUAGCAGCCGAGUUUUGCUUGGCGCGGAGUACUAUGCUCGAUACAAUCUAGGCAACGACGUGCCAUUCGAACCCUACACCAAUGGCAUUGUCUCCUAUACCACCGUUAGCCCAGCUUCCAGAGGUGCGCAUCGGCCCACGUGGGAAUUGUUAUACGCACAUUACGUGCAAAUUAAGGGCUUGGAAGCACCAUGGACAGAGCUAUACAAGAACUAUACCACCAAAGCCAUGGGGGGCUUCGAAGGCGGUGCCGGCUCAUGGGGCGAGGGGUCCGGCCACUAUGAUGGGCUUGGAUGGGGAUCCUUGCUUCAUCAUUUAGAUGUAGGUGAUGUUGAUGCGGUAUCCUCCAAUUCUUCCGCGUCAAAUUCCGCCACGUUAUCCACGCCCUCUACUACUUCAUCCAACAAAAGCCUUGUUGCUCAAACGUCAGCAUAUGUCACGACCUCGGUUCCUGCAUCUGCCACUACAUCUGUUCUGCCUCGGUCCAGCAAGUCUUCCCAGAAGAGCACGGUAUCAGCGUCGACGACUUUGCAGUCUGUCUUAGAAGCCAAGCCUCUUCCAACACGCGUCUCGCAUAUGUGUACACGAUCUUAAAAUACUAGCUUAUGUCCUUCUAUAGCAGGGCAUAUAGGUGCACCUGUUGUGGUGGAACUAUCAUGAUUGUCAGCGUUCCGAAACCUGACUUUAUACUACAUUUCGAUCCUCGCUGCGUGAGAAAGAUUUUGAGGGAUAUCUGCUAAGGAGAUCUGAUUUCUAUAUCAGGAGACCGUAC